AAGGUCAUCUAGUCUCUUACUGAUAAAUGAAGAAUAUAGAAGCUGCCUCCUCAGUCACCCGGUAACAGUUAACACACAGUCUGACAGUCAUUCCUGCCUCCUCAGUCACCUGGCAACAGUUAACACACAGUCUGACAGUCAUUCCUGCCUCCUCAGUCACCUGGCAACAGUUAACACACAGUCUGAGUCAUUCCUGCCUCCUCAGUCACCUGGCAACAGUUAACACAGUCUGACAGUCAUUCCUGCCUCCUCAGUCACCUGGCAACAGUUAAAACACAGUCUGACAGUCAUUCCUGCCUCCUCAGUCACCCAGCAACAGUUAAAACAGUCUGACAGUCACUAAGAUGGGGUGGCUGAACAAGGUGGUGGUGGGGCUGAUGGUGGUUCUUAUCGCCUAUAAACUCUCCAAGAUGAACAAGGAGCCUCCACUACCAACCCUUGACCCCAACCCUUGGUGGGCACCUGGAGAACCACAACAGGAAGACGUCUCCAUCAAUCGCUUCAACAUCAAUUUCUCCAAAAAGGAGGUAGAUGACCUAAAGGCCCGUCUGGCGCUGCCCUUGAGACUCACCCCAGGCCUGGAAGACGCCAACUUCACCUAUGGCAUCAACGCCGACACCUUACACACAAUUGUACAAUACUGGAGAAAGAAAUAUGACUGGAACAAGAGGCAGACUAGACUUAACACCUAUCCUCACUUCAAGACUCGCAUCGAGGGUCUAGACAUUCACUUCAUGCGAGCAAGUGCCAAGGUGGGGAGUGCCAAGAAUGUGAAGGUAGUGCCACUGUUGUUGAUCCACGGGUGGCCGGGCUCCUUCGUGGAGUUCUAUGACAUCUUGCCGCUGCUCACCAACCCACAGGAGGGCAGCAGUGUUGUGUUUGAGGUUAUCUGUCCCUCCAUCCCUGGCUAUGGCUUCUCUCAGGGCUCAUCCAAACAAGGUUUUGGUCAGCUUGAAGUAGCCCAGGUGUUCCUUAAGCUGAUGAAGAGGCUGGGAUACAAGCAGUUCUACCUACAGGGUGGAGACUGGGGUUCACUCAUAGCUUCCAACAUGGCCACUAUGUACCCUAACAAUACCUUGGGCGUCCAUUUGAAUAUGAUAUCAGUACGCACUAAUGCCGUCUCCUUGAAGAUGAUACUGGGGGCCUACCUGCCAGCUGGGGUGUUGGUGGCAAAGGAAGACCAGGAUAAAAUAUACCCCUUGUCCAACCUCUAUUCUAUGAUCCUCCGUGAGUCUGGCUACGCGCACCUCCAGGCCACCAAACCCGACACUAUUGGAGCGGCACUUAACCAGAGCCCAGUAAGCCUGGCAGCGUACAUCUUGGAGAAGUUCAGCAGCUGGACCCACAGGGACAACCUUCACCAGCCUGAUGGUAGCCUCUUGCAGCAACACUUUCCUAUAUCUCUUGAUGCUAUGUUGGACAAUAUCUGCAUCUACUGGUUCACCAGUUCCAUCACCACCAGCGUCCGGUUUUACUCUGAGGUGAUGAACAAGAACAUGUUCACAAGGUCUUUAGACAAUAAUCCAUGCCGGGUACCUGCAGGUUUUGCCGUCUUCCCACAGGAGAUAAUGACCCUUCCCAAGAACCUCGUAUCUCACAAGUUCUAUAACAUUGUAUCAUUCAACGACCAGCCGGCAGGAGGCCACUUUGCCGCCAUGGAGCGACCAGCACUCCUGGCGGCAGACCUUCACCAGUUUGUCAACACCGUAGAGAAGGGAACUUGAACUCUUAUCACCACCACUAACUCUUCUCUUAUCAUCUUAAAACCUUUCACUACCCCCAGAGAUGAGGUUGGUUCUCUGUGAGUGUUUCUCUAUCAAAGGAAUUUUUUACAUGAUUUUUUUUUCAUAUAAGGAGAAUCCAUAAGGCUCCCAUACCAACCACAUACAGUAAUAGAAUAUAAAUUGUUGUUUUUGUAUUAGUAUAUACAGACUUAAAUAACUACAGUGGAUUUUAAAAUGUUUCAGACAUAUUUUUUCUACAUUACAACAAUAUUAUGGCAUUGAUUUAAGUCGUAGUAUUAGGAGAAUUGUUGAUACUUCAGCCCAGGGUGAUGUUAUGUACGUACGGUAGGGUGACGGAGAUGUACACACACACACACACACACAAACACACACACACACACACACACACACACACACACACUUGUAUACUACUAGGUAAUGAUUUAUAUUUAUCAUCACCAGUUACCAGUUCACUAGUCAUUCAGAUGAUUAGUCUCAUGUUUGGUAGGGAAGGUCACACUAGAGGGUGCAAAAAAUACCAAGACAACACCUGAUAUGUCAAGUUACUCAAAACAGGUACACUAUACACUUCCAUAUAUAAGUAUGAUAAGUAUAAUCUAAGUUACUUUCAAAUACUGUAUGAUCAACAAUAUUAAUUAUCAGUGUUAUCACCAAAUUAUUAAUCACUUGAAAUUAUCACAGGGUUGAUAAGUAUUUAAAACUAAUAAAAAUAAUUAAUUUGUUAUCAGUUAUCCUGAGAAUCGAGGAAUGGUGGUGACUUGCUGGGAACAUUAUCAGUGUAGUUUCAAAGGUUAAAUAAAUACAGUACUGUAAGUUAAGAGAAAAACCAACCUUUUUAAAUGGCCAGUACAGUGAGGUGAUUAUUAGCUAGAUGAUAAAUAAGUAAAUAUAAAUUGACACUUAUGUUAAAAAUGAUGUGAUGAACAAUGUAACUCAAGUGUAUAAUGACUAGGAAGAGAAAAUAAAUUAUAUACUGUC